AUGGCUGCGGUCGACCAAAAAGUUGCUUUGAUCGUCAUUGACGGUUGGGGUAUCGCUGGCCCCAACUCCCCUCCUCAGGGCGAUGCUAUCGCCGCCGCCGAGACCCCGUUCAUGUCCGGCUUCGCCGAGGCGAACUCGAAGACUGCUCAGGGUUACACUGGAUUGGAUGCUUCCUCGCUUGCUGUCGGUCUUCCCGAGGGCCUGAUGGGUAACAGUGAGGUCGGUCAUCUUAACAUUGGUGCUGGUCGUGUGGUGUGGCAGGACAGUGUCCGCAUUGACCAGACCAUGAAGAACGGCGAGAUGAACAAGGUUGAGAACAUCGCCAAGGCCUUCGCUCGUGCUAAGGAGGGUAACGGUCGUCUGCACUUGUGCGGUCUGGUCUCGGACGGUGGUGUUCACUCCAACAUCACCCACCUGUUCUCUCUGCUUGAUGUCGCCAAGGAGAUGCAGAUCCCCGAGGUCUUCAUUCACUUCUUCGGUGAUGGUCGUGACACCGACCCCAAGAGCUCUGCCCUAUACAUGGAGCAGUUGCUCAAUAAGAUCAAGGAAGUUGGUAUUGGUUCUAUCGCCACCGUUGUUGGUCGCUACUACAUUAUGGACCGCGACAAGCGCUGGGAGCGUGUCGAGGUUGGUAUGAAGGGAAUGAUCACUGGCGAGGGCGAGGACAGCUCCGACCCUCUCCAGACUAUCCGGGAUCGUUAUGAGAAGAAGGAGACCGAUGAAUUCCUCAAGCCUAUCAUCGUUGGCGGCAAGGAGCGUCGCAUACAGGACAACGACACCCUGUUCUUCUUCAACUACCGCUCUGACCGUGUUCGUGAGAUCACUCAGCUUUUGGGUGACUACGACCGCUCCCCCAGACCCGAUUUCCCCUACCCUAAGAACAUCUCCAUUACCACUAUGACUCAAUACAAGACCGACUACACCUUCCCCGUUGCCUUCCCUCCCCAACACAUGGGCAACGUCUUGGCCGAAUGGCUGGCCAAGAAGAACCUGCAGCAAUGCCACAUUGCUGAGACUGAGAAGUACGCUCACGUCACUUUCUUCUUCAACGGCGGUAUCGAGAAGCAGUUCCCCGGCGAAGUCCGUGACAUGAUUCCCUCGCCCCGCGUGGCUACCUACGAUCUUGACCCCAAGAUGAGCGCUGCCCAGGUCGGCACCAAGAUGGCCGAGCGUCUUGGAGAGAAGAAUUUUGACUUCGUUAUGAACAACUUCGCUCCCCCUGACAUGGUUGGUCACACUGGUGUCUACGAGGCUGCUAUUCAGGGUGUCGCUGCCACCGACAAGGCUAUCGGUGAGAUCUACGAGGCCUGUGUGAAGAACAACUACAUCCUCAUGAUUACUGCCGAUCACGGAAAUGCCGAGGAGAUGCUCAACGAUAAGGGCACACCUAAGACCUCUCACACCCUCAACCAGGUGCCCUUCGUUAUGGCCAAUGCCCCUGCUGGCUGGAGCCUCGCCAAGAAGGGUGGUGUUCUGGGAGAUGUUGCCCCUACUGUCCUGGCUGCCAUGGGCAUUGAGCAACCUGCCGAGAUGACUGGCAAGAGCCUGCUGGUCAAGGCAUAG